UUUUUUUUUUUAAAUAGCCUGCUGUAUACCGACUACAUUUUUUUAAAUCUCCAUUUUAGACAGUACAUUGACGCAUCAUAAAGCAUCAUGACCGGGACAAUGUGCGUGGGUACGGUCAGCUCCUGAUGACCCGUGUGUCUUUCCAUUCCAGGCAGGUAACGCCGACAAGAGUUUUCCCAGCACUGAAUCUGAGUGUGACCCUGGAGAUGGAUCGGCAGAGCCCGGGAGAGAAGCAGGCGGAAACUAAUAGGAAUGUAGCCACCACCUCCACUACAUCAGCUGCUGUCACCAUGGCAACAACCAGCUCUAGCAACACCACGUGCACCCAGGCGCCCUCUACUUCGCUCAGCAUCAUUCCACCCGACAGGAAGGCAGUCCAGGUGAUCCAGCAGGCCAUCCACAGGCCUCAGAGCAUGGCAGCCCAAUACCUGCAUCAGAUGUACGCAGCUCAGCAGCAGCACAUCAUGCUGCAGACAGCAGCCCUGCAGCAACACCAGCACACACCCCAUCUGCAAAGUCUGGCCACCAUACAGCAGGCUUCAGUCUGCCAGAGACAAACACCGUCUUCAUCCAGUGGUAGUUUGGUUCAGCCUCCAGCUGGUUCCCACAACUCAAUCACUUUACCAGCAUCACCGGUGACAGCCCAGCUGAUCGGCCGGACACAGGCAGCGUCCAACUCCACUGCUGCAGCGUCCACUAUAUCCCAGCAGGCCAUGCUUCUGGGAAAUAGACCUGCCAACUGUAAUCAGGCUCAGAUGUACCUUCACACUCAGAUGCUUAUUUUAACUCCGGCAGCCACAGUAGCUGCAGUUCAGUCAGACCUCCCUGCUGUCACAUCCUGUUCCUCUCUGACUACCUCCUCUCAGAUGCAGAAUUUGGCUCUUCGUGCCCAUUUGCCUGGAGCUCUGGGUACAGCCCACAGUGUCAUCUUAAAACCAUCUGGCCAUUCCCACACCCUGGCUCCAGCUGCAUCUCUGUCCAAGACAUCGAUCUGUGCCCUGAAGACCAACCAGAUGACGGAAACCCCCACAGAGACCGGACAGACGGACGUACCCCGGCUGGCCUCAGGAACACAGGUUAUAGCUCCAGCCUACUCUCCAGUGCAGCCCCAUGCUGUGGUUGGACAGCGGCUCUCCGGUACACCAGGCCAGCGGGUUGCACAACACCAGCUCAUCCUGCAGCAGGCCACGGCAGGAACUCCACCCCACAGACAGCUUCACCCUAUCGCCCUCCGAGUAGCACCCCAAGAAACCAGCUCCACCCCUCUCCCUUUAUCAGUAAGAAGACUGACCACCCCUGGCCCCCAGUCCCAACCAGGAAACGACCCCCCAGGGGCCUCUUCUUGCUCCUCCUCCUCUUCCUCCUCUUCUCCGUCUGUCACCAGCAUAUUCUCAUCAUCGGCCAACACCUCGGUCCCAGCUGCCACCGUCCAACCUCAGCCUCCUCCUCUGGUGGCGGCCCCACAGAGACGGACCUCAUUCCCACAAGUGCAAAACCAUCCACCCCCUCCCCCUCCACCGCUUGUACUCCCUCGACUGCCCCAGAACCCCCCGGCCUCCCUUCAGAGGUUGUCCCUGCACUCGGUCCAGGCUUUGGCCGUGCAGUCAGGCCGGAUGCUGCUGACAGAGCGGGAGCUACCUGUAGCAGAGGCCUUGGUCCAGAUGCCCUACCAGAACCUCCCUCCACCUCAGACCGUGGCUGUUGAUCUGAAAAUACAUCCAACCAGACACAAAGAAACUCCUUCACCUGGACAGACGUGCAAAGUGAAUGGAGUGAAUUCAGAGGAAAGGAAAGAGGAAACUUCUCAGAGUCCACAGAAAGACAGAUCCACAACACCUGUCACCACAUCCCCUAAACAGAAUGGUGAAGCAGUGAUACCGUCCACCAGUCCUUCAGUGAUCAGGUCUCCAGUGACAGAAGACUCCUCUCAACUCAGCACCAGUAGCAGCAUUAACAACAACCCUCCACCACCUCCGUCUCUACCUCCUCCCAUCCUACCUGCUGCAGUCAGAGGCCCCAGCCAGCUGCCCUCCACCCCCACCAGCCUGCCAGGGAGCCCCGACAGGAUCCUCAGAAGCCACAUCCUCACCCACCUCAUAGAGGGGUUCGUUAUCCAGGAGGGUCUGGAGCCGUUCCCGGUGGGGCCGUCGUCCCUGUUGGCAAACCAGCAAGCUUCACUUCCUGAAUCCCAGGAGAUCCAGACCAAUGGUGACGCAGCGGCCGAGGACAGUCCGCUGGAUGCUGAUCAGUCAGAUUCCAGCGACUCGGAGAUGGAGAACGACAGCCCUGCAGCAGAUGAGCUGGAGGAGAAAGUGUCAGGUGUGCUGCAGUGUGAGUUCUGCGGGAGUGAAGGUUACGCUCACACCUUUCUGCGCUCCAAACGCUUCUGCUCCAUGCUGUGUGUCAGAAGGUUCAGUCUCAGCUGCACAAAGCGUGUCACGGUGGUGAAAGCAGGCCGCUGGGGUCACAGGCCAAUGGGUAGGAGGGGACGACCUCCCAGCAGAGUCAACGGAGCCUCCAGAGAGCACUUUCUGAGACAGACUCGUGGGUCGUUUGGGUCAGAGGAAACUCGGCAAAAUUCACAGAGAGAGGAAGAGGAGGACCAACAGCAGCAGCAGCAGCAGCAGGAAGAGCAGGAGGAGGAGGAAGAAGAGGAGGAGGAGGGGGAGGAAGAGGAGGAGGAGGAAGACACGCCCCCUGCUCCCAUGACAACACGGCUCCGGAAGCAGGCGGAGAGAAAGCGAGAGAGGGAGAGAGAGGAGCAGGAGCAGGAGCAGAGGAUGACGGAAACCAUCAGCGUGUCUGAUACAGAAGAAGACGUCAGCUGUCCGGCUCAGUGGAACGUGGAGCAGGUGUUCUCCUACAUCAACUCCCUGCCAGGCGGUCAGGACAUAGCCCAGGAGUUUCGCUCCCAGGAAAUAGACGGGCAGGCUCUGCUUCUGCUCACCGAGGACCACCUGGUCAGCACCAUGAACCUUAAACUGGGGCCUGCCCUCAAACUUUGUGCCCACAUUAAUUCUCUGAAGGACGCAUGAACAGGAAACAUUCCCACUCUGCUCUACUACAUGGAUGGGUUUGAACAGACACAUUUGCACAGUUCCAUCUGAAGCAUCUCUAAAAUGUCUGAAUGAUUGGAUAGCUGCUCCUUGGAUGGUAAACAGACUGCUGAAUAUUAUCCUGAAACCACUGCCAGGAACUUCACCGUGGAGUCAUCCCAGUCCACUCCACACACUGUCUCGGCUGAGCUCCACAACCACGUUAACAUCCAUUUGUUUCAAAAUGGUUUUAAAGAAUGUUUUGUAUGAUUUGUAUGAAAAAGAGAACAGCUGAACACUAGACACAGAUCUUGGAUGCUGUACAAUCUCAAAGUUUACAGAACAGAUUAGCCUAUGCCUAAAUAAUCUUGGAGAAUAAAUUUAAUACACUUUAUCAACAAACAAACAGUUGUAAUAUAUUCUGAAUGUGUACUGAUUAAAAUGCUUUAUUAUUUAUUACUCCUAUAAUUAAUAUACAGUAAAAACAGUACAAAAUAA